AAUCGUCAGUCAGCAAGUGAACAGCGCAAUGGGUAGUCGAUUUAAAUUGAAAUUACAUUCAUAGUGCUAGUUUAUAUUGCUUGCGCGUAUAACUAAAUACUAACAAUGAGACACAAGUAGAAUAAUAAAAGUGGAAGUUUAAAAAUCUGUGAUAAGGAAUCGCGACUCGGUUCUUCGCUUUCUAAUUUUCUAUUCCUUAUUUGAAAUCGCGUGUGUAACCAGGCGAAUUUGUAGCUCAGAAUUCAGAUUUAUAACAUAAACAAACCUUAGAAAUCAAGAUGGAUAAUAUGUCUGAUGACAGGAGUAAAUGUACUGAAGCGAAGAGGGAACCUUUCUGGGUGUUUGGUUAUGGGUCCUUGUGUUGGAACCCUGGCUUUGAAUACCAGCAGGCUAUCACCGGCUACGUCAAGGGCUUUUCAAGAAGGUUUUGGCAAGGGAACACGACGCAUCGCGGAACCGAUACAAAGCCUGGCCGAGUCGCGACUUUGAUUGAGGAUAAGGAAGGUGUCACAUGGGGCAAGGCGUUCCUGAUCUCAGCGGACAACAACGCCGCCUUACCUUACCUCACGACCAGGGAAUGCCAGCUAGGUGGCUACAGAACUUACACAGUAAACUUCCACCCCAGACCCGACCUAGAAUACUCCUCAAGUUCCACUUCAAGCAGCGAGAAGAAAGAUGCUCUUUUAUACAUCGCUGUUCCCGAAAACCAGCAUUGGCUGGGAUCCGCGCCGUUGCCAGAUAUUGCAAAACAAAUCCUCGAAUGUAAAGGAUCUUCCGGUACAAAUGCAGAAUAUCUUCUAAGGUUAGCCGACUUCAUGAGGGACGAAAUUCCAGAAGCGUUAGACGAACACCUCUUCUCCUUAGAAAGGCUGGUCAAGAAGUUCGCUUCAGAUAUGAGGAUCUGUUUAAGGACUCUUAUGGGAGAGGAGAGGCAAGAAGAGAAGUCUGAGGCUAAGGCUGUCGUACCCAGCUUCCAGUACGCCUCGAGAGUCCCCGAGAAGAAGCUGCGUUGUGUCAAUAUGUGAUAUGGGCUUAGACCAAAUACUAGGUCUGGAUAGGCUAGCCUUAAUGUCGUUGUGACGACUCAGAUAAAUAGUUGUGACCGUUGAUUUUUUUGGUAUACACAUUACCUAAAUGUGUCUAUCAAAUUUUUGAUCUACCGAAUCAAAAUCCGGCCUAUAAGCUUUGUAUAAAAACUUAAUACUCUAAAACUAAUUUUUGAUAUAAAUUUUUCGCAAAAAUGUUAUCUAACAUGUUAUUUUUUUCUUUUGACUAAAUUUAUUAUUACUUGACAUAAAAUACCUACACAUAUUGACAUUUCGUCAUGACUAUUUGUCUUAUUCAAAUAGCCAAAACCGGGUAUUAGGUAGGUAAUAAUCAAUUGACAUUUUGCAUGUGAUAAAUUAAUAAAUUUCGCAAAAAUAAAUAAAAAUGUCUUAAAAAGAUAUUUAAAGCAUAAACUGAUAUCGUUAAUUCUAUAAUUUGUUCUUGUUUUUAUUUAUAUUCUUGUAAUUGUAAUUUAUUUGCAAAAUUUAUUUAUUUUUCCGAAAUCUAAUUUUAUUAUGUUAAUAUAAGUUAUUAUAAUCUAUAGUUGCAAUGUUAAAUAGAUGACAUAGUUUGAUGACCAAUCGUAGUAUUGUUUAUGACCACAUAGACUUUGACAACAGCGCUGUUAUGACUAAAACUCUUUUGAAAACAAAUUUGCGGAUAUCACACGCACUGAUUUUUCCAUGUAAAAAAUUGUAACACUACUAGAUUCACAGAAAAACUAAAUGUAACAUAGCUUCUAAUGUUAUUCGUCAAUUUCUAACUAUCAUCAAUUCAUUAUUCAAUAGGUAUAAGAGACAACGCAAAAUAUUAGUUAUCUAUAAUUUAGACUAGCUGUGAAGGAGGCGUGUGAUUCUGAAAAACUAUUUUAUUUAUACUCUUUUUCAUGUAUUUCGUAUUUUCUGCAUUUUAUGAUAUUUUAUGAGCGCGGGACGUAAUUAAAAUAUUGCCAGAGAAUGAAAAUAAAGUCUUCGUAACGAAAUUGUGUAAUAAUUGUCGUAAUAUUUAUUUUUGGAGAUUUAAUUAUUAUUUUUAUAUAAAUUUCCAGAAAAUAAUUACCAUGCCUAUUAAAGUAUUGGCAGCGAAUAAGUAAAUUGGCAAUUAUAAAAAAUAUUAUGUUGAAUUAAAUAAUAUUAUUUUUAUAACGACAUUUAUGAAAGCACGCACAAACGAAAAA